AACUCAGCCGCCAUCAUGAACGACACAGUAGCUCUCCAGACCAGGAAGUUCAUGACCAACCGACUACUUUGGUGCAAACAAAUGGUCAUUGAUGUCCUUCAUCCUGGAAAGACAACAGUACCUAAGACGGAAAUUCAAGAAAAACUAGCCAAAAUGUACAAGACCACACCAGAUGUCAUAUUUGUAUUUGGGUUCAGAACCCAUUUUGGUGGUGGCAAGACAACUGGCUUUAGCAUGAUUUAUGAUUCCUUGGAUUAUGCAAAGAAAAAUGAACCCAAACAUAGACUUGCAAGACAUGGUCUGUAUGGGAAGAAAAAGACCUCAAGAAAACAGUGAAAAGAAUGCAAGAACAGAAUGAAGAAAGUCAGGGGGACUGCAAAGCCAAUGUUGGUGCUGGCAAAAAGUGAGCUGCAGAUUGGA